UCAGAGGGUAAAGCCGCGCGUUGCCUGACCCACCGAGUGGAAGAGACGAUCCUGAAGGCAUCUUAGCGUCGGGGCUUUCUCCAUAACACCGUUCCCUGUGCGGUUCUGAUUUGCUCAGCCGACGUUGUGAAGGAUAUCCAUGAACGGGGAUUGUUCAUCGUCGCAAAGAAGAUGCCUCGUCGAUUUGUUUCAUCCUGGCCACGUUGUAAGGAUUUGUGCUCCCAUGGUGCGAUACUCAAAGUUGGCAUUCCGUUCUCUCGUCAGAAGGUAUGAUUGUGAACUGUGCUUUACACCAAUGAUCAUUGCUUCGGCCUUCUUGAAGUCCGGCAAGGCGAGGGACAGCGAGUUCACAACAAAUUUUGGUGAUCGGCCACUGGUUGUGCAGUUUGCUGCUAAUUGUUCGCAAGAUUUAGCUGAUGCUGCUCGCAUAGUUUCCCCAUUUGUAGAUGGUGUUGAUUUGAACUGUGGUUGUCCACAAAGGUGGGCAAUGGCAGAAGGAUAUGGUGCUUGCUUAAUCAAUAAACCAGAACUGGUUCAGGAUAUGGUGCGUAAAGUUAGAAAUCAAGUGGAAUGCCCAGAGUUUUCCGUCUCCAUUAAGAUAAGAUUGCACAAAGACCUAUCAAGAACUGUAGAUCUCUGCCGAAAGGCUGAGGCAGCUGGAAUCUCUUGGAUUACCGUUCAUGGCAGGGAAACUGAGGAACGACAUCAACCAGUCCACUAUGAUGCGAUCAAGAUUAUUAAAGAAAAUUUAACUAUACCAGUGGUAGCAAAUGGGGAUGUCAGGAGCAGUAAAGAUGUGGAUCUUGUACGUCAACUGACAGGAAUUGAUGGAAGCAAAGAAACAAUGACAUUGCAAUGGGUUGCAGUUGCGUCUUUCCUGUACGCAGAAAUAGGUUUAAUUUUGCUUCUAUGUUUACCAUUCAUCUCACCUCGAAGGUGGUGGAAAGUUUUUUCUUUCCGUUUGUGGGAGAAAGUUGCUUCCUUUUGGAGUAGAGCCUUCCUCACAAUUAUUGUAGUCUUGGUUGUCUUGUUUUUUGAUGCCAUUAGAGAGGUGAGAAAAUAUUCGAUGAAUCAUGGAAUUGGAAAAGACGAAAAAUUGCUUCCAAAUAUGUAUGAUCAUGUUAACAUGAAACUUUUCCGGGCACAAAGGAAUCUUUACAUUUCUGGAUUUUCAUUGUUUCUCUGGCUUGUUCUUCGACGUAUGAUCACCCUUCUCUCCGAAUUGGCAAUUGCAAUGGGAGAAAAUCAGGCACUUAAAGUUCAAACAGAUAAUGCAAACGAUGCAGCUAAAAGAUACAUGGAGGAAAAUGAAGAACUAAGAAAGGCUCUCGGUAGAGGUGAAGGUGAUGGAAAUAAGAAAUUUGAAGAGGAAAACGAGCAGUUGAUUAAGGAAGUAGAAAAACUGAAGACUGAAUUGAAGAAGUUCUCAGAAGCUCUUGAGAAGUCUCAGACUGAGAAGGUUACAAUCCAAAAGCAAUGUGAUGGACUGACAAGGGAAUAUGACCGACUUUUGCAGGAGCAUGAUGAGCUACAGAACCUUGUUGACAAACGCGAUAAGAAGACUGAGUAACCAGGCAUUUUUACCUUCUGCCUUCAGAUAUGUUCUGCAACAGCUGAAUAUUUAAUUUGUUUUUGUUAGCUGGAUAAUGGAACCGAACGUGAGUUUCUUUAGAAAAAAUUGGGUUAAUGGCUUCUUUGACAAAGGGAGGAUACAGUUUAUUAUGCCUUGCUCUGUUAAUACAUCAAAAAUGGAAAGGUGGUCAAUUAGUUGGAAUGCAACUCUUUCAGCUUUGGUGGCUCGUAAUAAUUCAAAGUAUUUAUGAAUUCAGUUUGUUAAGAUAUACAUAUCCUUAACCUGUAGACAAUACCUUCUCACUGCUGCAAUCUGAAUUUUCAAAAUUUGCUCAUAAGCUAUCUGAGUUGCCAGCAAUCUUGAAACAUAGCUAUAUAGAUUUGUUUAAUGAGAUGAUGCAACUAAUGGUACGGGAGGCUGCAGUUCAACAAGGAUGAACUUUCAAGAAUACUAACACUCCUGUGCCAUUUAAACCUCCAUUUUGUUUGUUGUAAACAUCACUCACUUUGGAACUUCACUGUCAAAAAUGAAGCUGAUGUUCUUUCAUUUUUCUUUAAUGAGUGCACCAGAACUUCCAGAAUAUUGUUGGCACAAAAUAGUAUUUUCCAAUUAGUGCCUUCUCAAUGGCCUUGAGAUGCAAAAUAUAUCACUUAGAAUACCUUUUAUUCUUACUUGCAUUUAAGUAAGUCAUCUGAUGUAAAGUAAACAAAUUUAAUAUUUCCUUUGUCCAUAACCUAUAAGUAGUUUCAUUCACAGGAAAGCCUUCAUUAAAGUCCCCUAGGGAAGAGCCCUUAUGAUGAUGGAAUUGUCAAAAACACCAGAGCUGCCAGUUCUAUUGUACAAAUGCACCUCAAGUCUUGGAUGCAAUGCAAGUAACUUAAAAUGUGUUUUCUAGUGUUAUUUAGGCAUCCUGUGUUCGAGAUAUUUUGUACUCUGUUUACUCCUGUAAAACUUAUAGACUAUUAUCCAAGGAAAGAUAAAGAAUUCUGAUGAAAGUUUAGCUGUUGGAAUAUUUAGCUUUUGUCUGAUUCUUUGCAGUUGAAUAUAAGGUAAAAUUAUUGCCACAUUCCUUUUGGUGUUUACUAGAAUAUUUAAAUUCUAGUUUGAUUGGAAUUUAUCUAAAAAAAAAAUUAAGUAUUUUUAAAAUUUAAUUUGGGGAGCUCUCAGUUUGACCUUCCUGUUGUAUGAACGACUGAAGUUGAAAGGUUAUACUAAUAAGUUUGACACAACACAUUUAUUCUCUUCCUAAUGGUUAAAAUGAUGCAUUGCCUGUCUUACCCUCAUCUGCAGAAUAUUAACAGGAAGAAACGAUGGCUGUGUUGGUUAGUUUGAUAUGUAAAAUAGUUUCUUUUCCAAGGAUCAUAAUUCUUCAUAAAAACUACCUGGCCAACCAAAAAUUGUUUGCAUGUCAAUUAACUUAUUUUUUUUUUAUACACAUUGCAUUUGGUCAAAUGUUUUAUGCUUGUACAAUAAAAAUACAAAAUUGAAUUUUAA